GAGUUGAGAGCCCGAGUGCCCGAGCGCGGCAGGCCAGCGGAGGGGCCGCGCAGAGGUGGGAGCGCAUUCCCGAGGGCUGGGUUCCGAGCACGGGGUCCCACGGAGGGACCGGGUCAGGUAGCUCUGGGGGCCCACUUGAGCCCGCGGAGGAAGGACAUGGAGAAGGAGCGGGAGACGCUUCGGGUCUGGAAGGAGCGUGUAGAGCAGGAGCUGGACGGAGUGGUGGCUUUCUGGAUGAAGCACUCCCGUGACCAGGAGCACGGGGGCUUCUUUACAUGCCUUGGCCGCAGUGGGAAGGUGUAUGACAAACUCAAAUACGUCUGGCUGCAAGCGAGGCAGGUAUGGAUGUAUUGUCGCUUGUAUCGCAAUUUCCAGCGCUUCCACCAAUCUGAGAUUCUGGAGUCAGCAAAAGCAGGUGGCGAGUUUUUGCUGCGUUAUGCCCGGGUGGCCCCUCCUGGCAAGAAGUGUGCCUUUGUGCUGACUCAGGAUGGCCGACCUGUCAAGGUUCAGCGGACCAUCUUCAGCGAGUGCUUUUACACCAUGGCCAUGAAUGAGUUGUGGAGGGUAACAGGGGAAGUUCAUUACCAGCGCGAAGCAGUGGAGAUGAUGGAUCAGAUCGUGCAUUGGGUACAGAAGGACCCAUCUGGGCUGGGCCGGCCCCAGCUCUCGGGGACCCCGGCCGCGGAGCCCCUGGCAGUGCCCAUGAUGCUGCUUAACCUGGUGGAGCAGCUCGGGGAGGCGGAUGAGGAGCUGGCUGGCAAAUAUGAGGAGCUGGGGGACUGGUGCACCCAGAGGAUUCUGCAGCACGUCCAGAGGGAUGGACAAGUUGUUCUGGAGAAUGUGUCAGAGGAUGGCAAGGAACUCUCUGGUUGCCUGGGAAGACACCAGAACCCAGGUCAUGCACUGGAAGCUGGCUGGUUCCUGCUCUGUCAUGCCAGAAGGAAAGGUGACCCCAAACUUCGAGCUCACAUUAUUGACAAGUUUCUAUUGUUGCCUUUUCACUCUGGAUGGGACCCUGAGCAUGGAGGCCUGUUCUACUUCCAAGAUGCUGAUGAUCUCUGCCCUGCCCAGCUGGAGUGGGACAUGAAGCUCUGGUGGCCACACAGUGAAGCCAUGAUUGCCUUCCUCAUGGGUUACAGUGACAGUGGAGACCCUGCCUUGCUGCACCUCUUCUACCAGGUGGCUGAGUACACCUUCCGCCAGUUUCGUGAUCCCGAGUACGGGGAGUGGUUUGGCUAUCUGAAUCGAGAGGGGAAGGUCGCCCUCACCAUCAAGGGAGGUCCUUUCAAAGGCUGCUUCCACGUGCCGCGGUGCCUAGCCAUGUGCGAGGAGAUGCUGGACGCCCUGCUGAGCCGCCUCCCUCCAGACUCUGACCCCACCAGCUCCCCGCCUGUUGUCCCCACCCCCCGAGACGCGAAAUAAAGCUGAGGCUGUUCCA